CUUCGUUAGUUACAGAGAACCAUGGCCAGCACCAAAUCCGCUAACUGGCACAUACAACAUAUUAGGAAGAAGAUGUUUCCUAAUAUAAGCACGCCCCUUCUUUAAUCUGCCCGCAUUAUGUUCUCAAACCAAACACGUCUUCGUUAGUUACAGAGAACCAUGGCCAGCACCAAAUCCGCUAACUGGCACAUACAACAUAUUAGGAAGAAGAUGUUUCCUAAUAUAAGCACGCCCCUUCUUUAAUCUGCCCGCAUUAUGUUCUCAAACCAAACAAGUCUUCGAUAGUUACAGAGAACCAUGGCCAACACCAAAUUCGCUAACUGGCACCUUCUUCCGGAAAAUCUCCUAAUCUCCAUCGCAGAGAAACUAUUCAUCGCCGACAUCAUCCGUCUCCGAGUCGUCUGCAAAGAUUGGGGAUGGUCACUCGGAUGGCCGCACAAAGGCUGGCCGACUCCACCUCGAUUGCGUGCAUCCUUCAUUCCCAUCCCCCCAUCGGUUCCAUGGCUUCUCCUUCCAAACAAGGAAGGCGAGGAUGCAGACUAUUGUUCCUUUCUCGACCUCUCCAACGGACAAGUCCGGCGAAUUCACCCCGUUCCGGAGAUUGCGGGGCGCCGUUGUGGCGGGGCUUCCCCGGACGGAUGGCUGGUGACCGUCGAUCUCGAACUUAAUCCUCGCGUGCUGAACCCUCUCACCCGAGAAGAGCUCCCUCUGCCUUCCCUCUUCUCCCUCUUCCCCUCUCCGGGUACGGUCCGUGUUCUUCGUGAUGUCGCC